AUGCCCUGGCUACACCGCGACUGCGCAGCAAAUGAGCUGCACAAGGUUGCCAGCCGAGUCGAAGUCGAGCGUAGGGGCUCAGUCCACCAGACCGCGACGUCUCGAAGAGACUCAUCCUCAAACGCUGAAGGCCACAAACCAGCUGUCUAUCCCAUCGCUCCCAAGAAGACUGCAGACAAGGACUUGACGUACAUCUCCGCGACCGAGGUGAAGAAACACGAUGGCAAGGAAGGAAACAGACUCUUCAUUGUGGUUGACGAGAUUGUUCUCGACUGCACCGACUACAUCAAUCAGCACCCCGGUGGGAAGCAAAUUAUGCAAAGCUUCGCCGGGCACAAUUGCAGCUGGCAGUGGUGGUCUUUUCACGACCGCAAGAUCUGGAACGGCGUUGCAGUGAACUUCAGAGUCGGGCGAACAGACGGAACGGCGAACAGAUUUGUGCCCGCUUAUAUCGGAUUGCGGCCGCUCGGAUACCACGGCGAAUGA